AUGCCUCCCAAGAAGACCACAGACAAGCCGGGAGAGAAGUCCCGAAGCGCAAUCUAUGGCCAGAAGCGACGUGACAACACCCGGGAGGCGAUGGAAGACCUUCAAGCCAUCAUUCCUCAAGAACACUUGGGAGGAGCCGCAGAAUGCGACUAUACCGCCGAGGGCAGGGUAAUCGUGGCGGCCAAGGCAUAUAUCACGGCACUGCAGAGCGAUUGCAAAGGCGCCUCAGCAGAUAAGACCGCCGCUGGCGAGACCAUCACCACCGACGAUGCCACCGUCGAAGAGACCCUCGAAGCCGAGACACUCACCACCACCACCGUCACCAACACCCCCUUCGCGCCAACAGCAGCACCUGCCCCGGCAGUCCUCGCACAACUGCCAGCAUACAGACAGCUGUUCGCAACGUUCACGCGAACGAUGCAGUUCAUCGCCGGCAUCGUGGCACAGAGCGGAGGUGAGGUUUCUGCGGAAACGAGGCUAGAGAUCGCUGAUCUCAACGAUCGCCUGUUUGAAUUCCUGGACCAGCUCAAGUACGAGGAAAUGGAGUUGAUAGAGAGUGGUCGAGGUGACGAUGAUGAGGAUUAG